CGCCACAAAUAGAGGAAGUGAAACCAAUAUUCUAGAAAAAUGGUAGAUUAUAGAAAAUGGGAUCACAUUGAGGUAUCUGAUGAUGAGGAUGAUAUUCAUCCGAACAUCGAUACCCCAAGCUUGUUUAGAUGGCGCCACCAAGCACGAGUUGAACGCAUGGAGAAAGAUAAAAAAGAAAAAGAGGAGUUUGAAGGAGGUUACACAAACUAUCAAAGGAAGAUGAAUGAAAUGAGGAAAAAGAUCAGAGAGGCCGAACAAAUGGAUGAAAUGACAGGUGACCUUCAAAAGAUGAAGAUGGAAUUUGCAGAAUUGGAAAAACAUGAGAAAGAAUGGAAAGAGAAAGAAGAAGAACUAAAGAAAAAAGAGAGACUGGCACCACAGAAUAUAGACACACUUUGUAAGGAAGGCAAAAGUAAAACAAUUAUAAACAAAGUUGAGAAGCCAAAGGAACUUACAGAAGAUGAGAAGCUUGAUAAGCAGGUUGAAAUGCAGAAAAAACAUGAAAAAGACAUGAAAAAAUAUGGAAUGUUACGUAAAUAUGAAGACAGUCAAACUUUCUUGGUAGAAAACCCACAUCUAGUUUGUGAGGAGACAGCUAACUAUUUGGUGGUCUGGUGUAUUAAUCUAGAGAUGGAACAGAAACAUGAUCUCAUGAACCAUGUUGCCCAUCAGACCAUUGUAAUGCAGUUCAUCCUGGAGUUGGGAAGACAGACAGAGGUUGACCCCAGAGGUUGUAUCCGACCAUUCUUCUCUAGAAUCAAGCUGGCAGAGCAGACAUAUCUUGAUGCAUUCAAUGAUGAGUUGAAUAGCUUUAAAGAGAGGAUCCGUAAGAGAGCUAAGGAAAAGCUUGACAAAGCCAUGAAGGAACUAGAGGAAGAAGAGAGGGAAAAGAGACUGGGACCAGGUGGUCUUGACCCUGUUGAGGUCAUGGACUCACUGCCUGAGGUUUUACAAAAGUGCUUUGAGAGCAAAGAUAUUCAGCAACUACAAGAUGCCCUGCUUGCAAUGCCUAAAGAAGAGGCAGAGCUUCAUUUAAAACGCUGCAUAGACUCAGGACUUUGGGUCCCCAAUGCCAGGGAAGCUGAUGAGGCUGCAUCAGGGGAGGGGGGACAACAAGAAUCUGAGGAAGGAAGAGGACAAUAAAUCCUGGGACUUUUUAUGUUGAAAAUGUGAACUGUAUUGUUCUAAAGUCUGUAUUUUGUAGUCUAAUAUACAGGCUCAAAAGAUGGACCUCGUGGGUUCAGUGUUUCUUAGAGUCUGCAGUGGACUAAAUGCAUAUUCUAUAGAUAGGCCUUUGUACAUUAUGAACUGAAAUGAAAGUUAAGCCAAAGUUAAUGCUGCCACAUAUAGAAUUUAAGGUGAUAGGAGACCAUCGAUCUGCUAUUUUCUGUUAUGAUUUUUUAUUUCAAACAAAAUUGUACGCCAUUUAUGACAAAUU